GCCCAGGCGCCGGCCGGGAAGGGGCGGGGCUCGCGGGUCAUGACGUCCCCGCCGGGGUCCGGGUCCCGCCCCCGCCCAGCCGCCGCCAGCGCCGGGCCCGGGACGGGCGAUGGGCCACGCGCUGUGCGCCUGCGCGCGGGGCAGCCUCAGCAUCGAGGGGCAGCGCUACCUGCUGCUGCAGCGCCUGGGGGAGGGAGGCUUCAGCUACGUGGACUUGGUGGAGGGGCUGCAGGACGGCCGUUUCUAUGCCCUGAAACGCAUCCUGUGCCAUGACAAGGAGGACUGCCGGGAAGCCCUGCACGAGGUGGAAAUGCACGGCCUCUUCGAGCACCCCAACAUCCUGCGGCUCGAGGCCCACUGCAUGGUAGAGAAAGGGCCCAAGCACGAGGCCUGGCUGCUGUUGCCCUUUCUCAGGAGAGGGACCCUGUGGAGCGAGGUGGAAGCUCUGCGAGACAAAGGCAUCUUCCUGGCUGAGGAGCGGAUUGUCCCCAUUCUCCUUGGCAUCUGCCGAGGGCUGCAGGCCAUUCAUGCCAAGGGCUAUGCACACAGAGACCUGAAGCCCACCAAUGUGCUGCUGGAUGACAAGGAGCAGCCAGUGCUGAUGGACCUGGGCUCCAUGAACCGGGCCCGCAUUGAGGUCAAGGGCUCCCGGGAAGCCAUGGCUGUGCAGGACUGGGCGGCUCAGCGCUGCACAAUCUCCUACCGGGCACCUGAGCUCUUCACGGUGCAGAGUCACUGCGUUAUCGACGAGCAAACAGACAUCUGGUCCCUAGGCUGCGUGCUGUACUGCAUGAUGUUCGGCGAGGGCCCCUAUGACCUCAUCUUCCAGAAGGGCGACAGCGUGGCUCUGGCUGUGCAGAACCAGCUCCGCGUGCCCCCCAGCAGCAGGUAUUCCGCUGCCCUGGAGCACCUGCUCUCCUCCAUGAUGGCAGUGAGCCCUCAGGAGCGGCCCCACGUCUCCCACAUACUUGACCAGCUGGAGGGGCUGCAGUCAGCACCAAGUGGCCAGGACACCACACGGAUCUGAGCCCUGCACAGCUCUGUACCCACAGGGACUGGUGUGCGUAGGGGGGUGUACACGCACAAGGCCUACGGGCAGCUGCUGACCUGCCCCAGGGAUGGACUCACAGCAUUGCUUUUAAAAUGGAAUUUUAGGUUAAAAGCAAAACCAGCCCUGUGGGGCUAAGUCCUGCCACCAGUGCCAGGCUGGCAUAUGCUGUCUGCUUCAGCACCACGCUGGGCACCUGCCCUGCUGCUAGGAACUCCGCCAGCCUUGGGCCUGGGCAGGACACAGCAGCCUGCCCCUUCCCUCCUGCCCACCACAGAGCUCCACUUGGCUGGGGAGGGGAAGGUGGUACGAGUACUUCACCUUCCCCUGGGCUGCCUCCAGCAAUCCAGCUGGGGUGGCCUUCGCAGCAUUUCCUUGGCCAUGGGGAGAGAUGCUGCCUUCUGACCCUCAGUCAGGGGUGUUGCCUGAAUCUGCUGCUGGGCUCUACCCAGCACCUCCCCAGGCCCAGCGUCCCCCUCCAGGGGCAGCCUGUUCCCCUUCUCCUGCUGGAAGGGAGGUGGGGCCCAGCCUGUACCCCCACCAGGGCUUGUCUGUUUAGUAAAGUGUGUGCACAGAGAA